AUGUGCACUCGUGGUGGACGUGUAUGCCAAGGAUAUACGGCGCCACCCGAUAAGAGAACGCGUGAAGUGCGAGACGCACGCACCACAAAGAAAAAUUGUGGUGCUCUAAGUAUUGUACAUGUUGGUCAGCAACAAGCCCAAUCCGCGGGUUUGGUCUAUGUGCGUGAUGGGAGCCAAGUUGGGUUGUCGCGGAUGGAACGUGAUUAUUUGUUUUCAUUUCGUUCGUAUACUGCUGGCCAGUGUGCUGGAUAUCACUCCGACCCAUUCUGGCAGGUCCUUGUCCAUCAAGUCAGUGAAUCUUGCCCCGAGGUCCGCCAUGCUGUUAUUGGCAUCGGUGCCUUGCACCGUAGAUUUUCGAACCCUGAUUCCAACCGGAAUGACAUUUUCCCAAUCCGACAGUCCACAAAGGCCAUUGCUUGUCUUCGCAAGACUAUGAUGAAGGGUGACCAAUCGGAUCCCUCGGCUACGGAGAAGAUCCUGGUAACCUGUGUUGUUUUAGUUACAUUCGCUCUGUUCCAAGGUGAUGUUGAUGCCGUUCGCUGUCAUCUGCAAGCCGGCACUAAACUCCUCUGGGAGUGGAGGAAGAAAAGUCCCAAAACCCCGGUUGCUUGCAUUUUAUUACAUACAUUUAUACAACUCCAUAUUCAUUGGGCAAGCGCUACAAGACUUCAGGAUUAUCUGGAUGGAGGCUAUCCCUAUCUUCAAGAACUUAUCCAUGAUAACCUCCUGGAUAUCUCUGCACAUGCCGAUGAACCGUCAAAAGCCACUAUGCUGGUGUCUGUGCAAUGUUGGGCGUUAAUGUUCAGUGAUCCUGUGUCGUUUGAUCCGCAGCACACCAAUUUGUCACGAGGAUUUACAUGGGAUACUCCCGCGAACAAGGUCCAUCGAUUUAAAACACAUGUCGAGGAGUGCAGUGCUCUUCACAGAAACACUAGCUCUGCCACAGACCUCCGUGCUUUCAUGAUCCUCCAGAUACAGAUCGAGAUGAUUCAAGUUAUCCUCGCCUCAACAACAUUUUCAGGACCUGAAACCGAAUGGGAUUCUCUCUUUCCCCAUUUCCAGCGCGUCGUCGAUAAAGCAGAACUGUUGUUGAAUAGCUUCAAUCAAUUACCCGACCCAUUGUUUUCUGUCAAGGAAGGAUUCUUAGCAAACCUCAUGCUUUGUGGGCUCAAAUGUCGGGACUGGACGGUUCGGCAGAAGGCGUUGGCUAUCUGCAAAAAAUACAAUCGACGAGAGGGAAUGUUUUCUACCGCUGAAGCUGUUAUUCUAUUACAGACUGUCUACGAUUUUGAGUCUGCAGGGGUUCCACCGGGAGAGUAUAUACCUGAGUCCGCUCGUGUUCCCCUAGCGUACAUCGCGGAGUAUCCCAACCUUUCAAAAUUCAACACUAAAACUCACAUCAGAUAUUGUGAUAGGGGUGGGAAUUGGUACAGCAAAUGGGUGUCAUGA